UCAUGGGGCCCCCGGGCAAUCGGGGAUCAUGGGCCCCCUGUGUCCUUGCCCAAACUCAAAAAAAGCCUAUGAAAAAGGUACCAGGGGCAUCUCAUGGGGCCCCCUACUGACCCCGGCCCUCGGGCAGUGCCCGAGUUUCCAAAUGGUCAGUCUGCCCCUGCUUUAAAGUUAAUUUUAGGAAAACAAAAAGCAAGAAAUUACCCAAUUUUUUGGUAAAAUCAGUGUAAGGCUUACCUGAAACCAGCAGGAUAGGUACACCAGCAGGUCACCCUGGGAAAUGACGCAGGCUCACCUGAGGUGCGGGAUCUAAGCACUAACCAGUUUUCACCAGAG